AUACCAUUUUGUGGUGACAUCUCAUCUCACAAGUAUGCCAAAAUUGCACAUUGGUUCUCGGAGAAUAUUCCUGGUGUUUCCAGUCAAGUCGAAAAAUGGCUUGGUGAUAUGCCUUUGGUGCAUGCUUUCACUCUCGUGGCCAGUGAUUUCGAAAAACGCAUUGAAGCUCAAAAUGAAGAAUGGAACGAUAGCAUGCUGUUGAAGAUGGCUUGGGCUGAUCUCAUGAUAAGCUAUCCUACCAAUAGCUUCAUGGGUGACGUCGACCUCGAGUGUCUGACCGCACUAGAAGCAAGGAUGUUCAAGGAUUCCGAAGAAGCAGGACCUGCAGGCAACCAGCAGUGGGGUUUGGAUGCUGGCCAACAUCACAGGCAAUGGAAUGUGUAUCUCGGAAUUCCUGAU